CUAUUUUCUGGCAUCGGCCCGCAGACGGGCCGUCAUGGCGUUUGUGGGCGUGUCUACGUUUUUUAUUUUACUUUGUUUUACAUUAAUUUUCGAUCAACUAUCAUAAACUAUGCAUCAUUUUAAAGCUAAAACACUCAAGAUUCGUGUUCUGAACUUGUUUUUGUAAUCAAAACACCAGAGAGGAAAGGGUUAAAUAAAAAGUGGAAGGACCGGCCUUUCAAACAUAAACAAAAUAAACGGCACUACUUAUCUUUCAACUCCUUUGGUUCGGAUCAGUUCGGACGAAUCCAAAAAAAAACACCAUACAUCUCCUUAUAAGGGUCGUCUUUGAAUGUGCAUACCACUGUUUCAUCCAAAACAAUGAACAAAUUGAAAAAAACUCAAAAGAUUCCACUUUGUUUGCAUACGCGUUUCGAGUCAACGUCCAUUUUCGUAUAAAUAUUGAUUUUGAUCCGUUCAAAAUCAUUUUUUUCUCGUAAUCUACUAUCUUCUGAACAAAAUACGCCCAUUCACGUCUCUUUUCUUCAAUCACAGACUUUGCGAUCAUUCAAAACACCCAGGGUGCCUUACCGGCCCACAGAGGUGUCAGUCAGGCCACCUUGGUUUUUGACUGGGUAAACCCAUCCAAUGCCUGGCCAGAAAAGUUUUGACGAAUGGGUGUAAUAUCCAACUAUUUGGGGAUUACAAUGAUUGGCCAUUUGUGAAGUUUACGUAAACAGAUUUGGAGAAUAUCACGUGCGCAAACAUACCGUGCAUCGGUGCGCUACCACCGUGCAUCGGUGCGCUCACAGCGCUAUCGCCAUUUUAGGCCCGCUAGUACAGAGAACAACAUCGCUUCGCUGCACGGAGCACAUUUUAGUGAACGGAUUUCUUCAAAGUCUACACCUGAACCUCUCAACCAUGGAUCGUCGACCACAGACGAUGUAUUUUGAUGUUGAAAGUGCUUUGGAGGAGAUCAUGAGGAGCAGCGACGAAGAGCAGCAGAAGGAAGCGGAGACAUGCGUCUCCGACAGAGAUAGUUCGGGGUCGAGCGUCGAUUCCCUAGAAGACGCCAUGUUUGGUGAUGGACUUGAUCCCGUGUUAGAUCGGCCUUCAAAUGACACAGAUGAGGACUGGUGUCCAGAGUCUAGUGCUGAGCUCCGGAAGAGAUCACGGCAGCCAUCGUCAUCAUCUGGAACUACAUCAUCUGCAUCUCCAUCUGCUGCAGCUGCAAAUGGUACAGGUAAAGGGAGGACGAGAGGGGGGCGGGAGAGAGGGGGGCGGGCGAGAGGGGGGCGGGCGAGAGGGAGGAGGGCGAGAGGAGGGCGGGCGAGAGGGGGGAGAGGGAGAUGGAGCCAGUCAGUGCAUGCUUUGUCCCCCAGCACCUCACAGGAGAAAUGGCACAACGUGGAUGAGGAUGAUAAAGAGCCUCCCCAACCUGUGUUUAGGCCUGCUCACCCUCAUUCACAACACGAAUGCCUAUGGUGCUAA